UUGUUCAGCGUGGUUGUUUGUACGUUGGUUAGUCACGUCCACAUGGUGAAGGGAUUUACUUUGUUGAAAACUUAUAAGAGGAACGAAGCCGCCACCUACGUUUGAAAUUUGGAACCGUUCAGUGAUCGCGCGCGCGCUCAGAUCCUUUGAAGAUCGCGUGAGUGGAACGUUCGACAACUCGGGUUACUCGAUUGAAUUGGAUCGGAUCGCCAGUUGUAGUUUGACCGUCGUGGGAUUAAGUCGUCCGAGUCCGAGUUCCGAGUGUGGGGAACGAGCGUUUGUGUGUGCCGGUGAAGAGUGUGGUGUGCCAGAAGACAGAGAUAAGAAGGAAGGAUUAACAGAGCAAAGGUCUACAACGACUUUGGAAAGGUCGAUCCAUUCUGCGUCCGAAACGAAAAAGGAUUAAGUUACAAUAAAUUCCAGUGAAAGAAGUGAUAUUCGGAGUGAGGUAAUUGGAAGAUUUUGUGGUUUCCAGACCAAGAAAGUUAUUCGAAGGUGAUUGGAUAGCGGAAGCAUGAAGGGAUUCGAGAGGGGUCAGUGUCGUCCAAGUUACGAACGGUGGUCGUCGUGGUCACCGUCUGGACGGUGAGAAAAGAUUUUGCGGUGGGUGACCUACGGAGACAUCAGGUGUUAGGCGAUCCCGAUGACUCUGAGUAUGUGAGAAAUUUGAAACAGGUGAAAGAUGAUGAUCAUAAGUGAUCUGUGAAUCAGAGAUCGAAGUCAAGUGAAUUAAAAGGUGUGAAGAUUUGAAAAAUGCAACGGAUUUUGGGAGGACCCAACAAGGGGGGUUUCUGUCCAACGGUACUGAUCGGGUUGAUCGUGGUGGGACUUAGUGGCAGAUUGGUGGAAGGACUGACGGAAGUUGAAUUGGAGGAUGACUAUCUCGUCGCGACUAAGGAAUUCGAGCAGCAGUGCGUUCACCGAUGCCCAGACCAGAACCGAACCACCUUCAACGAGCAUAUCGACGUCAGCUGUGGCAGUGAUUGUUACAUUACGCAGUGCGGAGUCGGCUGUCGGUUGUGGGAGCUAGCAUUGGAGUCUUCGUGUCAGAAUGUUUGCAACAAAACCGACCAGGAGCUGUUCGAGCCGAAGGAGCUCUACUGCGUCAUGGGAUGCAACGAUGCAUUGCAGCGGUACUUCAAGUGGCUCAAAUCGGAGAUUGGGUCACCACCGGCGCCGGCGCUGGUGGCCGACAGUUUGACAGCGACUUCACUGUCACUGGAGUGGGAAAUUCCAGAGCGAUUGGUGCAGCUUUCGAGGCACAAAAGCCAUGGACCUCGCAGCUACCUGGUGCAGUGGCGCUACGAGGAGGUCGCCGGUGACUGGAAGUUCUGCCGGAACCAAAGCAUGGGCGACAACUCCACCAUUCGAGUUGACAAUCUGCAGCCUUACACCAAAUAUCGGUUUCGAGUUGCUCUGAUUCUGUCCCCGAACCGUGACGAUGCCCUCAUCUCGGAGCAGAGCGUUAUCAUCCUGACCCUGCCCCAAGGCGUACCGAUGUCCGAGCCGAAAAUUGUACGAGCCGUAGCGGUAGAUCAUUCACGAAUAUCCAUCUCAUGGGAACCCGGACCGUUCCCGAACGGUCCCAUCCUCUCAUACGUGCUCCAGAUCACAGAUCUCGAUUCCGAAGACAACAGUGCCCUGAAGGACAUCCCCGAGUCGAACUCAUCCCGCUACUACAUCUACGAAAAGCUCAAACCCGAGCGCAACUACUCCCUAUCGGUGUCCAUGCGCAAUCCGGAAGGCGAAGGUCCCCGGUCAACGACCUUCGUAAAAACUCCCGAACAACCGCCGGACCAAGAGGAAGCCAUCAACCCCACCCUGAUCCUGUGCGCCGACCGCACCGUCCUCCUUCAAAGCUCCAACAUGUUCACCGAUCGACCCUCUUACUUCUACCGCAGCAAGGUGCACAAAAUCCGCGGCACCGCCAUCCACAUCCGCCGGAACCUGAUCUUCAUCUCCGACGACGCUGGCUUCAUCUACAAAACGCUUCUCCAAGCAGGGGACCAAAACCGAACUGCUAUUCUAAGCCCCGAAGCGGACCACAAUUUUCGUCCCACGCUCCUUUCCAUCGAUUGGCUGAACGACCAUCUCUACAUCCUCGGGUACGUCAAAGCCACCGACCUGUGGCAAAUCUCCCGCUGUGACCUGAACGGCGAACGCAUGACCGUCGCCUACGCCGGCCUCCAGCGAGAGCCGGCCCACUUCGAGGUGGAUCCCUUCAACGGAUACCUGUUCUGGGUCAUCAGCGGUUUCGGCAAAGACGCGGGACUCUUCCGCCUUGACCUGGGCGACAUCUCCAACGGUGUCAAGCACGAAAUCAGCCCCCAUCGUCUGAACAGCCUCCAUAACUUGGGCGCCUUCACGGUCAACCACGCCAACUUUCGAGUCUUGGUCUCCGACCAAACCAACAACACCGUUCUGUCGAUCUCACUCGACGGUUCCAUCACCGAAGACAUCCGGAAGAACACGGAACAAGCCCGCUUCGGCAAGGUCAAGUCCAUCGUCCUCGUCAACGGUCUCUUCUACUGGACCAACGGCAAGGACGUGUUCGUCGAGGAUCAUCACAAAACCUACGACCGCUACUAUCACAACACGAUCUCCAUCGAAACCAACAUCACCUAUCUGAGCAUCUACGUCAAUCUUUCAUCUGCGCAGCCAGUUCCGACUCCGGUCAACCCACCCAGAAACGUCCAAGCACUUCUAACCAACCGCAAGAUCAAAAUCUUCUGGAACGUUCCGCAUCUGCUGGGCAUCAAGGGCAAAGGAGCCUGGCAGGAGUGGCAGUACGUGCUGGAGGUGGUCGACGGCCAGAAGAUCCGGAACAUCAACGGGACCACCUUCACCUCGGAGGAUUUGGCGUUGAUCAGCCCCGGACAGGAGUACCUGAUCAAGGCGGCGGCCUACACGGACGCCGGCCAGGGACCGUGGAGUCCCGAGUUUCGGGUGCGUACGUUGAAGGACACACACGACCGGCAUCUGGUGUGGUCCGGUAGCGAUGGAAUUCUACGGAGCGACGUGAUCGGGGACAGUGUGGAAACGUUGGUCGGUCGGACGGAGCUUGAGGAUGGAGAAGUGACGGAUAUCGCCUGGUUCGAGGACAUAUUGUACGUGGUCAGUAGUUCGACGUUGUUGUUUUACAACCAGAGUGAGGGCGGCGUGUCUAAGCUGAGGGAACUGGAGUCCGUGGAGUGCGUGGCGGUGGAUUGGAUCGGACGGAGGUUGUAUUUUUACAACCCGUCUCAACAGAUGAUCAUGAGGAGCAGCUUGCACGGGGAGCAGCCUGAGCCUAUUCAUAAUGUUAAUAACGUACGGGCAAUUAAGUUUGAUGCGCUGAGGGGAUUCAUCUACCACUUCACGGCGUAUGUCGUGGAAGCAUUCCGAUUGAACGGAAAGGAUCGUCACAGUUACUAUAUGGAGAACAACCGAUUUGCAGGAAAAGAAGUAAUCGGCAUGACGCUGGACAUGGACAGCAAAAAGAUCUACUGGAUUGUGCGUGCCAUGAACAAUCUGGAAGUGUUCAGCGCAAACAUGGCCGGCACUGGCUCACCCAAAGUAAUCUCCACGGUGGCAGUACUCUCCGAUCAGCACUCGGUAGGCCCAUUAACUCACUUCAGCGAUCGCCUGCUUUGGCUCCAGAAAGACGAAAUCGUCGUUGGGGACCUCCAAGCGGAAAACCUCGCCCACAUCAAAAACGAAAAGCUCAACGGCACUCGAGCUUUCACGAUCGUUGAUCCAGCCCACCACGUCUACCCAGAAGACAACCGCAACAUCAACGUCCUCCCAACCCAAGUCAACAACGCCUCCAUCCGCAUCCAAGGCACCUGGAAGAAGUUCCAAAUCGUUUGGGACCCGGUCACGAACGUCGACUACGGCAAAGUGUUCUACAAGCUCACCAUGAAGGUCGCCGGUAGACCCGAAGAAACGCUGGAACUCUCGAAACCCUCCCACCCGUUCACCAUCACCGGAGCGAACCACAUCAGCCCUCACACCGAAAUCAAAGUGUCCAUCAGUGCGUUCACCUACUGGCGAUCAUCCCCCCUGUCCUUCACCCGCCUAUUCAGCCCCUCGGGUAAACCAUCGCAACCGACAAAGCCCCGAGUCUACGUGCGGCACUUUGUCGAUCCGAUCAUGGACACGCACAACAUUGAGGCCACCUUCCGGUGGUCGCCGCCGGAAACCCCGAACGGUCCCAUCAUCGCCUACAAGGUGCACUGCUGGUACGAAGAGGAAGGCGGCGCAACGAACCAAGUUCUGCUGGGCGAACGCAUCAACGGUACGGAGCGGAUCGUGCGCAAUCUGGUGCACAACGUGACGUACUUCUUCCGGGUGCAGGCGUCGACGACGGCUCGGGACAGCGAGAUGACUCCGGUGCGUUCGGUGGACACGGCCCAGGAUCACCCGAUCCCGCAGGCACUGAUCGGAACCAGGGAUCAUAUCAUUGAGGUUGAUUUUGACACCAAGAAUUGGACCUAUGUGGUGGGAACGUCAACGCCGGUGAAGUUCUUGGCCCGAUUGGCCCGGGAACGGAAGCUGUUUUGGGUGGAUGAGAACAACGAGCUGUUUCAGUAUGACGGGCAGUUCAAGGUCAAGUUGUAUUCGAUAAGUGGCACGGUGACGGCGUUGACGGUGGAUUGGAUCCAGCGGAUACUGUACUGGUCGCAACGGGAGCUGGUGGGGAGUGCGAUCUUUGCGUUCGAUCUGAGCCGAUUUGAGCACGAGGGGGUGCAUUUGGAGAAGAUCGAACACCGGGAAGGGUUCAUCAGUAACUUGGUGGUGUCUCCUUUCGACCGACUGCUGUUUUGGGUGGAGAAAGUGCCGGAGAAUGUGAUUUUUGUGCACAGUUUCGACGAGAACAAAACGAAGGAGUUUUUCGAUGACAGUUUCGAGGAAUGUCCCAAUCGGACGGCCGGCAUUACGGUCCACCCGAUGUUAACGCUGCAGACUUCGGUUGACGAAGAAGCUAAGUUGUUUUGGGGCGAGACCGGUUUGCGUUACGUCGGAUUGAGUAACAAAACCUGCGUCAACUUCGGUUUGGAGUAUUAUCCGAACAUGACGAGCAUCGCCAAGGACAGCGAUCACUUCUACUGGCUGGAUGGAAACGACACGAUCGUACGGAUGGACGAAUCCGGUUAUCAAGAGACGAUCGCAAUAUCGCACGCGAGCACGUUGCUGCCUCUACAGCUGCAGUACUUCCCAGAGCGACGCUGUUUGAUUCCGCUGCAGCAGGACAAGGACUAUCAAGCAAAUCUGCUUCAGAGAACGGAGAAUUCGUUGACCUUGCUGCUUCCGAAAGCGGAGGUCCAGCCGAAUUGUACGACUCAACCGAGCGGAAUCCGAUACAUGAUCUUCUAUGAAGAGUUAAACGAGGCGAAUCUGAACGGAACAAUCGACUGCGACCCAAGGAGGUGUCUGCACGCCAGCUCUUAUGACCGCAGUCGGACGAUCGGGGGAUUGGAACCCUUCACCAAGUACAAAUUCCAGGUCAUGCUGAUCAACUACUACCAGGAGCACUACAAAGAGGUGGCCGAGCUGGAUCUUCCACGGAUGGGUUCGAUCGCGGUGUUUAGUACGGCAGCCGGGGCACCGUCCAAGCCGGAACACAUCCACGCCGUAGCCAUUAGUCCGACCGAAGCCGUCGUACAGUGGACACUUUCGGCGGUGAAAAACAGCGAUCGGGUCUGGUACGAGAUCCACUGGCAGACGGAGAACAUCCACGACGGGGUGAAGAACAAGCAGCAGCAGAUGAUUGGAGACUAUGACGAACAGCUGGGUAACCUCUCGAUCAGCCUCAAUCGCCUUCAACCGAAUCACGCGUACACGAUCUGGGUCCAGGCGUACUCAACCGAAACGAUGUUCACCGUGAGCGACAAAACGAAAAUCGUUACCUUCCCGGAGCCGGACGACAUCCACCUGGUGUACAAUUCCUCCACGGAGCUGAGUAUCAGCUGGGUUCCGCACCAACACAUUUCUCGAUACAAAAUCCAGUACUCUGCCAUUGGCAGUAAGUCUUGGGUUACAAUCUUCGAGAACGGUGCCAAUGAAACCGCCCCGGAGAACGACGAGCUCAAAGUAACGGGGCUUCAACCGAAAACGCAGUACCGCUUCAUUGUGUUGCUGUUCUAUCCGAACCGAAGGGAUCCGUACGUGUGGCCUCCGGACGCCCGGUUUGUGUACGAAACCGACGCCGAUCAUCCAAGUGCCCCAGGUCGCCCGCUCGUGACGCAACUUCGACAGGACGUCUACAAGGUCUCCUGGGAACCGGCAAAGGACAACGGAGCCGUCAUCCUGGAAUACGCGCUGGAGGUGCUGGUGCGAUCAUCCCGCCUUACGAAUCGCGUUGAACGCAGCGUCGAACAGUUCGACGACGGCGGUUCCGAAGAAAUGAACAACACGAUCCCGCUGCACAUGGACGUCAUUCCAACGGACAGCCAGGAGUACAUGACCGAGCGCUGGGUCCAGGUGUACAACGGAACCGACAACUACUGGAUAAUCCCGGACAAGCUGACCUUCCACGAGAACAAGUUUCGCGUACGGGCCCGCAACUCGUGCGGUUUCGGUCCGUUCAGCGGAGAGAGCGACCCCAUCAGCGAGCCGCUGCUGUCCAACCAGACCAAAAGCUACCUCAUGAUCGGCGGGGUCAGCCUCACCAUCAUCGUGAUCAUCUUCAUCCUGCUGAUCUGCGUCUGCGCGUGCCGUCGGGCCGAGCUUGAAAAGAAAAUUCUAAUUGAUGCAACCACUACUCGCAUUCCAGAUGUGGAGCUGGCGAACCUUCGCGAGCUGCCACGCCGAGGCAAUUUCAUUCACAGCAACAACAUCCUGUACAGCUCGAGUCCGCUGACGGACUCGGAGAUAGCGCUGCUGCCGCAGAUUCGCCGGGAACAGAUUUCGAUGACCAGUUCACCGUUUUUGGGAAGUGGAGCGUUUGGUGAGGUUUACGAAGGAAUUGUCAAAGGAGUCGGAGGCGAGGCUGAGACCCGAGUUGCUAUCAAGACUCUGCGCAAGGGAGCUACCGAGCAGGAAAAGGCUGAAUUCCUGCAGGAAGCCCACCUGAUGAGCAACUUCAAACAUAAACACAUUCUGAAGCUGAUUGGCGUUUGUCUGGAUCUGGAUUCACUGUACAUCAUCAUGGAGUUGAUGCAGGGAGGUGACCUGCUGAGCUAUCUACGCUCGAAUCGUCCGACGCCGGGUAAUCCUUCGGUACUCUCCCUUUUGGAUCUGAUAACGAUGUGCGUGGAUGUGGCGACGGGUUGUCGUUAUCUGGAGGAGAUGCACUUCGUUCAUCGAGAUUUGGCUUGCCGGAACUGUUUGGUUUCGUCAAUGGAUCCGAAGGAACGGGUAGUUAAGAUUGGGGACUUCGGGCUGGCCAGAGACAUCUACAAAAAUGACUACUACAGAAAAGAAGGCGAAGGACUUCUGCCUGUGAGGUGGAUGUCUCCGGAGAGUCUCGUUGAUGGAGUUUUCACAUCGCAGUCCGAUAUUUGGGCUUUCGGAGUGCUUCUGUGGGAGAUUAUGACCCUCGGACAGCAACCGUAUCCAGCGAGAAAUAAUGUAGAAGUGCUGCAUUACGUACGGGAUGGUGGUCGACUCGGUCGACCACAGGACUGCCCGGAAGAACUAUAUCAACUAAUGCUGAAAUGCUGGAGCUAUUCGCCGGAAGAUCGGCCAACGUUCCGCUACCUUUUGGAAAUACUGAAAUCUCUUAAAGAACGAACCAGCGACUCGAUCAAAAUAACCUCCCAGUUCCCUUGUAAGGUUCAAAAUGGUGCGGUAUUUAACCGAUCCUAUUUGCUUUCUGACAUCAAUCACAACCCGUUCAUGGCAGAUAUCAAAUUUGUUGGAAACAGCGGAAGCGGUGGAAACUUUAUCAUCACUCCACCGACUUCAUCGAGCGGUGGUAGCGGCGCCACCGUCAUGACCACGACCAUCCCCAAGUAUCUGGAGUUGGUCUACGAUGACAGCCACAGCCAGAACAGCAAAUGUUCGACCGGCGAGGACGUCCCGCUGACUGUCGGUUUGCCACCGGCUUCGCCCCAGCAGAACCAGGUCAUGCCCACCGACAACGGGUACGAAAUUCCGAUCAACGAGAUCCUCCUGAGGAAGCACUCCAAUAACAGUAUCAAAGGUCGAACGUUCUCCAGUUCGUCCACGGUGAGCAACGUCAGUGCGCUACCGACGGUAACCACUCCAACAGGCGCGUCAUCCUCCCACUGUCAGGACGACUGCUCCAGCUUAGAGGCACUACUUCCAAUGAAUUCAAUCCUCACCGUGAAACUUCCCAGCGAAGACGAAUCACCGAACCUCGAAGGCGUAGACUACAGCAAUGGCCACGUCUACGGUGCAUCGGACUCUGGCGAGACGAUCGAAACUAGUAUUAAUGGGCCGUCGCUACCCGCAACGGGAUCCAGUGUUGAAGAGGUCUGAACCAUUAUCAGUCAUGAAAGCAAACAAAAGUCGACAAUCCAACCUCAAACAAAAGUCACAUUCCAAAGAAACGUUCGACAGAGCAGUGAACCGCUCGAACCAAUGAGAAAGACGUAGACCUACGUCGAACCGAAUCUCAAACUGUUUUGUUUGUCACGUACGAAGUUUAGUCUAAUUUUUAUUGAAAAAAAAAUCACAUGUAAAUAGAAUGAACCAAAACCCAGAACAAAGCAAGACGUACCCGUAAGAAUAAGCGUAAGUAGUCGUAGUUAGUUAGGAGCAAAAAAAAUCAGGUUUAAGUUCCGAAAUGUCAGUGUUCUCGUCGCCAAAUGAAAGGGGCUUCCGCGCGCGGAAGUUCGGUCGUUCCAACUUCCGCUGUCGGUGGGAGUUUCCGUGUAAAAUUUUCCUACUAGUAUUUAAGCAUUGUACAUAGAAACCAUGAAAGACUAUUAAAAGAAGGGGAAAGCAACGUUACAUGAAUCUCACAAACGGAAACAAAACCAGCAAUUGUAAAUAGUGACUUCGGUUCCACUUGUUAGUAGUAGCCCGUUGGGUACCAGUGACCAACGCUGCAAUAUCUUCGCCCUUAUAUUAAAGGUGAUAUUUGUUUCAGUGUAGGAACAAAGCAGUUAUGGCUUGAAAUGCAUCUACUUUGAAGUCGUAAUUUGUACUAUUUUUUCUGAUCUACUUCUACAAUACAGUAACUUAUUGUCGUUAACCUUUGUGUUGUCUAGGACUAAAGAAAUCGAAUUUAUCACUUUAGGAUUAGUAAUGCGAUCGAAACCAAAAAUGUAAUUUUAAUAGGGUCUAAUAAAAUGAUUUAUUAAUGCAAAAA